AAAAAGCAACGAAGAAUAUAUUAUUUUUGGUAUCUGGAAUUGAAUUUGCCAGGGAUGCAAAUACAGCUUCCUUGGUAAAGACCUUGCUUUUGGAAACAAUUUAUCCUUUGGCAGCUCUCCAGUGUUCAGACUUGGCAGCAUCAAGGACACAACGCAAGGUGAGACAGCAUAGCAAGAUAGUGUUUGGAGUUAGAUAUUUCUUUUCUCUCCAAGGAAGGCUAGAGUCUACUGGAGUUGGAUAUUUCUCUUCCACUAAAUCAAAAGAGGCAGAUGGUCUGAAAACUGGACUCCUUUAUUUAAAGGGAGUGUUGAUAUUUAUAACCAAGCUUAUCUCCAGCAAGAUUUGUUUUCUGCAGCUGUUCCAGCAGGCAUUUUGGAGAUCAAAGAUGGGUAAAAAAGAUGCUUCUGCUAUAAAACUUCCUGUUGAUCAGUACCGAAAGCAAAUUGGUAAACAGGAUUAUAAAAAAACCAAACCUAUUUUACGAGCAACCAAAUUAAAAGCAGAAGCAAGGAAAACAGCAAUAGGCAUAAAGGAAGUUGGCCUUGUACUUGCAGCUAUAUUGGCCCUGCUACUGGCUUUCUAUGCUUUCUUUUAUCUCAGACUGUCUUCGGAUGUUGACUCUGAUCUGGACCCAGAUGAGGAUUAGCUGAACAGUAAUCAAUGCCUGAAAUGGAAAUAAUAUUAUAAAAGCACCUUUGGGACCAAUACUUUCUGGAGUACUGACACUGUAACAUUUUGAAUUCUUUCUGCUGAUAUUUUCAUUUUGCAGAAAUAUCCUUUUAAAUAAUUGCCUAGGAUAUCAAGAAAAGAACCUUACCUAGCAAUGUAAUAUAAUAUAUGCCACCAAGAACUUUUAUAAAUCUUUCUGCUUUGAUAGGUAUCCAUGGUACAUUUAGAUAAAAUGGAAAACAGAUCCUAAUUUUUUUAAGGUUUAACAAGUUUAUUGUAUAACUCCAUCACUUGUAGAUUACUAAAUUAUUUUUUGUUCUAUAUCUGAGUGUUUCAUAAGUAAAAGUAUAUAGCUUCAUUUAUAGAAACAUACUCAAAUCACAUUCAGAGCCUAAAUGAGAACAAAAAGUCAUGGGAAAUUUUUAUUUUACAAAGAAACUCUUCGUUUUUUUCAGACAUAUUUUAUAUCAUUAGAGAGACUAUCUGCACAUACAUCUAUAGUAAUCUUUUUCCUUUUUCGCCAACUGUUCAAUACACAUGUGUUCAAUCAGAAAUGGCACCUGGGUGACAGAAGCUCAAAGAGUCACAUAUGUCUCUAAAAUAUAGUUCCUUUCCUCUUGGGCUAUCUGAACUAGUCUAAGUAGAAAGUUCAUUGGAUCUUGAUUUUAAUUAACUUAUUACUCUAUUAAUAUAAACUUGGAAUUCUGUUUUAAUUAUGCUGUCUGGCAGCUUGCAGUAUCAGUUUGCCCCUUUAUUAGGAAGAUAUGUAACAGUCUGUCAUUGAAUUGUGCCAUCUUUUUUACACAGCAGUAAAAGAAAUCCUACAUACCAGAAUCAUUUUCAUGGGUUAUCUCCUGAAUCUGAAUAAUACAAAGUUAUUUUACAAAAUUACAUUUUGUAUCUUGAAAAUUAAUAAAUUAAAACUCUUCAUGAAAAAUAAAUAGAAUAUAUGCCUCAUUUUACUCUCACACAUAGAUUUCUGUUUAUAUAAUUGUUUUCAAUGUUAUUUGCAUUUGUUUGUGCAUAAUAACCAGUAUUUUCGAUGUUUUCACUUGUAAUCAAAUUUUAAGGCAAAUGGACAUGUAAAGAUUAGAAAAUUAGAAAAUAUGUAGCAACACAUGUGUUCUUAGGUACUACCGUCUAUAAAAAUGCAUAGAAAAUGAAUAAUUUGAAAUAUGGGCAUAAAAUAUUUUAUAGAAUAUAUUUUGUAUUUAUGAAGAAUGAACUACUAGGCUUGCUUACAUAUGGCCAAGAGGAGAAAGCUUUGAUAAAACCUUUAGGAAGAUAGUUAUAAGCACAGUUUCUGAAAGGAAAAUAAAAAGUUCUUUGGUACUUUUGCAAAAAAGUGAAUAUGACUAUGUAGUGUUAUGUUCUGUAGAAUUUUUUCAACUAGAGUAAUGUCUGAAAACAGCCAAAGCUUCCAAUUUCCUCACAAAUUAUUUAUGCCAAACAUCUGAGGGCAAGAUUUAACAGUGUUAUUUACUGAAUUCUUCCCCUUGAGCUCACAAACUCAAGAGACAGACCAAGAGUUCUUAUAUACUCACCACUGUGGACCAAUCCAAGUGGCAUUUUUAGGAAAGGUUGCAGCAUUUAAUGCCAUGUGGUAUGUCUGUUCGUGAAGUGGGAGGCAAGGGAAUAUCCAAGCUGGCAUUUUGGAUAUGAUGGGCCUUUUACUUUCCUGAGUGACAUGCCACAUGUCAAGAAAGACUUCUUUCCCCCACUCCCAUCACAUUUAUGUGAGUAAUUUUCAUUUAGUUAUUUCCCCUCCCAUAUGGUGUUAAAAACAGUCAUAUAAAAUAAAGAUUAUUUCUUGUUUUCAGGAGUAAUUAAAAUGAAACAAAAUGUAAUCAUUUCUUACAAGUAUUAGAUAACCUUCCAGGUAUAAAGAACAGUUUACUGUAUUUAAAAUAGAUGAUUAUGCAAUUGGAAAUGUUUCAAAAUUCAUCACACUGAAAAUAUUUUACUAUUCUGCUCUAUUAUUGAGUUUUUCUUUUGGGAAAAAAAGGAUGCUAUUUCUGAUAAUACUAAAUAUUAGUCUAAAUAUAAUCUAAUUGUAGGCAAGUUUCAUUGCCUUAUUUUAUUGAUAUCUUGAGUCUAUCGAUAGUCCUUUUGUAUGAUGUGUUGAUUUAUGAUGGCCCGAGAGAACUAUCAAUCCCAAAUGCUAUACUUUUUGAUUUCAGUAAAUAACAGGUAAAGUGAGACAAUCUAUGUUUAUAUAACACUGUUUUUGUGAAAUGCAAAUUUUAUGAAUUCACAUUAACUGGGAAGCAGCCAAUCCUCUGUAAAGAAAUUCCAGAUUGAAAGUCUGGUUUGAAUCUUUGAAGACAGAAAGGUGAUAUCUUUUGGCUGUUUUGGGGGACCACACUGCUGAAUAGUGAGUGAGUGGUAUUUGGCGUAAAUCUGAGACUGGCAUCAGACACAAAUUUUACACAUGGAUAUCCAUACCCAUACCACCCCCAGUAAUUCACUGUCCAAGGUAAUUCAGAAAACAGAAACGAAAAAAUAAUAAUGACUUUUUAGGGUGUUAGAAUGUGUUUGUUAACAUAUUCUGCAGAGUAAAUUUUCAUGAGUGCAGCAGACUUAAAGUAUAGUCUAUGGAGCACUGUGAGGGAGUUCACAGUUCUUAUUUUGCAUACAAGCUUAGACCAGGGUAAAAAACAUACAAAUUUAUUUGAGAGGAAAUAUUAUAAAAUAUAACCUCAUCUACAAAUUGUAUUUUUAACAAAAAUCCCACUUUACUGCAGUUAUAGGGUUGUUCUUUUAAGAUGGCAAAAACUUCAUGAUUUUCUAUCCUUUUAUUUUUUUCUUAAAUAGAGAACAAAUAUUGUCACAUAACUAGUGAUUGAAUAUCAUGAGUGUCUGUGCUUA